UCUUCCCCCUCUUUGCGGUAAACUACACCAGUCCAAACAAGAUCCGAGACCCGAUUAUUUUUAGUCUACACCACACCGGCCACACGGCCCUGCUAUAUAUAAUAACACGUGCUAUAAUACAGGCUAUAAUAACCCAAGCUGCCGUGCUAAACAACCGAGGACUGUUAGUCGAGACUGCAGCAAUGCUAUUCAGAUUCGGCGUCAUUCUCACGCCGGAGUCUUCGGACGUUGAGGUCUUCGUGUUGGGUUCGCGUGCGGAAAUGGGCCACUGGGACCCCGGCAGGGCGGUUCAGAUGAAACCCUCGCAGACGCUCCUGUCGCCCCAUGAACCGAGUCUGUGGACCGGCGACGUGCCGCUGGCGGAGCCUUUCAGAGACACCCUGUGGUUCAAGUUCGUCAAGAGACUCGGGGGCACUUAUAUCUGGGAAGGUAGCGGUCCAAGCCACGACAGGUGGUGUUCAUAUGAUGAGAGGAACAUUGUUGACGGAGUGUACUGCCACCCGAUUGGUCACUGGAUAGAGGAAACAGGACACACAGAUGAGAUGAAACACACCACCAACUUUUACUUCGGUGUGGCUGGUCAGAAGGCCAUACAUUUUUCCAGGGUGCUACCACGUAUUUGGCUGGGCAGCUGCCCUCGACAGGUAGAACAUGUGACGAUCAAGAUGAAGCAUGAGUUGGGCAUUACUGCGGUGAUGAACUUCCAGACAGAGUGGGAUGUGGUGAACAACUCCUAUGGCUGCAGACGCAACCCUGAGGAAGCCAUGACCCCGGAGACCAUGAUGCAUUUGUACAAGGACUGUGGCCUGGUGUAUGUGUGGAUACCAACAUCUGACAUGAGCACUGAGGGUCGUAUCAGGAUGCUUCCCCAGGCUGUAUUCUUGCUUCAUGGUCUCUUGGAGAGUGGUCACACUGUCUAUGUUCACUGUAACGCUGGAGUAGGCAGGUCGACGGCUGCUCUGUGUGGCCUGUUAAUGUACAUCCUCGGCUGGAGCCUGAGGAAGGUGCAGUACUUUGUUGCAGCCAGGAGGCCAGCAGUGUACAUAGAUGAGGAGGCUUUAGUCCAGGCUCAGGCAGACUUCAUCCGGAAGUUUGGACAACUGCGACCAUCCGUCUCUUACCCCGAGACAUGACAGUGUCAUUGUGCUGAAGUCUUCAGAAUUGAAGAAGAAAUUUACAGUUAUGGAGAACUGUACUGUACUGGAUUUCUGGAAACUAAAAUGGUUCCUGACUUGUGUGAAAAAAAAAAAAACAUAUAUAUGUAUAGUCAGCUUGAAAGGUGCCAGAUGAUGAAAAACUGUUGCAAGAAAAUUAAUUUCUUUUUAGUUACAGCUACUUAAAUGUACGUAAAUGACCCACUUCCGCUGAGUGGCUUUCAAAAUCUUGUUGAUGCUGAAGUAUCUGGAGAGAGGUCUACUGGCUGCCAGCACAGAUGCUAAAAGACAUUAAUCCUACUUUGAUGUGUUAGCUUUAACUUCAGGAAUUACUCUCUGCCAUUUAGCACAUAGAGUUGCAAACUAUGCACUUGAGUCAGCUGAGGACACUAUUAGUAGUUUUCAGUAAAUGCCCGCAGGGGUGUUUGGAAAUAUAAUUUUUUAGCCCCUUUUUGUAAUAAUCAAUAAAUAGAGUUGACAUUUUGAGAAGACAACUUUUAGCUGAUGUGUUGAACAGCAACAAUUGAGAGGGACACAGAGCAAAACAAAGCAAAUAUCACUAUACAAGAGAUUUCUCAUUUCGAGGUGAGAGAGAAGUAGGUCAAAAAUAUAAACUCUCUUUCUCUUUCCACGGUUGUUAUUGCAUGAUUGUGUAUUAUUUAAGAGAAUUCCCUUUUUUAUUUCAUAGGGGAAAAUUGUCUUUUUUUUCCGGAGAGAAGUCUUAAUGCUGCAUGAAAAUGGCCGUCCUUGCCAAAGCAACCAAUCAGUUAUUAAAACGGCAAUGCCUCUCCAUCUCUGUCAAAAAGGUAUUUUGCUCCCAGAAAACAAAGAGUACAGCUCCGCCCAACCUCUCGGAGAGCUUGAUUGCAUUUCAUCUUUAUUUAUUUAUCCGAAGGAUGCUAUUCCGACCCAUCUCCUAAAUAACAAAAAACACAUCCCUGCCUGACAUAAUAAGACAUUAUUGGAAUACUGUUUGUUGUCAGUUUUGAACUUCUGCCUAGACUCUUAUUCAGGAGAUAUUGCAUUUUUUUUAAGAUACAACAUUUUUGUUACCUGUCCCUGAUUUAAGAGAGUUGUGGAUUAGAGAAUAGGGAGGGUUGUUCUUCUCAAGCACAAGUCUUAUAGCUUCUCAUUACUUUUCAGUGAGCUCCUGCAGAAGACAGCACCUUAUGAGGGUGGGUUGAUUGAGUUGGCCUAUGUGCUAGCGAAAAGGGAAUCAUCGUGGAUUUCUAAACCUUCCUAAAAAUACUCAUAAAAACUCAAUAGGGAAUAUGUGACAUGCAUUUCAUUUUCUGAAUAAAAAGCAGAAUGUGUACAGGUUUGAAAAAAAUUAUGCCUGUCUAUGCCUUACUGUAUGUGUGUGGCUGUUGGGGUUUGUCACUUAAUGGAUGCAAAUGUAAUAGGUAAACAUGUUGCACUUAUUCCAGUAGGUUGUUGUCAGUGUUUGAUGUUAUAAAGUAUUUGUAGUCCACAUCAUUUCCAGGAUCUGUCAGUCACCUGCACCAUUUACCCCAGAUCCUUGCAUCUAAAUUAGAGUAGAUAUUAGGGAGCAUUUUCAACUGUCAGAGAGACAGCUUUAUAUGGUGUGGAAGAUGUUCCACAAACAUCUCUGGAGUUCCAUUUAAUCCAGAAUGCGAUGCAAAAAUACACUAUGUAUUUGUGUUUUGCCCACUGUUUUGGCUUGCAGUGUCCCUGCAAGCCAUCAACUUAUAUUUAUUUCUUCUGCUGCAUCCUCUAUGGUGGGGUGGAAUUUUCUGUACAAGGCUGGGU